AUUCACAUUCCAAACCAAUAUCAAAACAUGGAAGUAUAAAAGAACUUACUCAAACAGGAUCCUAUUGAAAAUUUCACUGCUAUCAGGACUAUGCCGAGGUUGAUCUCAAAUUUAUGCAAAAAUAUUAACCUCAAGGAUUCAUGGCAUGUCAUUAAUGACAAGACUCACAGUCAUACCUUAACAUACAACAAAAGCUUCGUUUCUCCUAUAUUGACAACAUGAUGGAGGCCGACAAUGUUAGCUGCAUUCCUAAAUGGCACAGUCGCAGCACAAUGCCUUAUGAAACUAUGCACUUUGACAGCCAUGUUUGGGAAUAUGACUUCAAAAAUCCAAUGAAGCCAGUAGGAGAUGAUUUUGAAGAUUUUCUGAAGCACACAGGAAUACACGUUUUGACAUUUUGCGGUGAUUGUGGAAUUGAAGAAAAUUUCGAAGUUUACUUGCUAAAUGAUCACAAAUACACAGCAAUGUUUGGAGUCAAGUGGGAUAAAUUCUGCAAAGCUAACAAUUUCAAAAUUGGGCAGAAAAUUCGCUUCAAAUUCAACAUGUUUUAACGAACAAUCUGUCAUGUGUAUCCAUUGUUUCCAUCGGCUUCUACAUCAAAUGCUUCUAUUUAAUAUAUUAUCUAUCUCUUUUUAAUUAUUGUAUGCUAUUUUCAUUUUUAGUUAUGCA